AUGCAAAGUCAAGUUGUAGAAAGAGACGGAGACUGGCCUUCCUCCUCCUCCUCCCCUCCUCCUUUUUUCUACCACUCUUCCAGCCAGCUUCCUCUCUCCUCCUCUCCUCCCUCCUCCUCUGUCCGCAGCCCUCUUCCUCCUCCCAGUCAGACUCCAGUGAUCUCUGCUCCCAGACUGGUUCCUAUCUUUAAGAACAAGUGUCCAUCGCGCCACGUCAACGUCGCCCUGCUGAGGGUCCAGAAGCUGAAGGAGCAGUUGAGUGGAGGAGGUGGAGGAGGUGAGGAGAGGGAGAGGGUGACGUUACCUGUGUUUAGGAAGACUCCCACCACUGCUCCUGUCUCUUCUCUGUCAGCCCUCACAAUUCCUCCUCCACCAAUCAUUCCUCGCUUCAGCCACCACAGCGCUGCUCCUCAGCCAGGUCACCCCCGAGUGAAGCACCUGUCCAGCCUCAGCCCUGCAGCCAAGUCUAGACUGCGGCUCAACCCCGCUCCACAGAUCCAGAUCAAGUUUAAGUCCAGGCCCAGCUCCAAGAACAAAGUGACCUUCAGCAUGGACUGCAAACCUGCUGCUGAGUCCAGCUGUGACCAGCAGGACCAAGCAGCAAGACCUCCAUCAGCUGCACCACCCGAGCCUCCACGACCACACACAUCUUCUGAUGUCUCCAGCAAAGACACCUCGUCCAGCAGCAGAAAGGGAGUUGUGUUUGAGUCAAAGCCGAAGAAAUCCAGAUCUGCAGUACGAGACGUGGACGUGGAGCAAAUGGCCAGAAGCAACCAGCUGUCCCAGCUGAACUCUGCGACUCUGCUGGCCUGGCUGAGAGGAAGAGGAGCGCUCGUCAGCUCCAAGCACAGGAAGGAGGAGCUGAUGCUGAAGGUCAUGAGCUGUUUGGCCGAGGCCUGAGUCUCUCACACACACACACACACACACACACACACUAUCAUAUCUACUUGAUCGACUCAGUUUGGCGUCUUCGCGCUGCUCUCUCCUCGUCGUUAUCAGUCUGAAUCAAAGGGUGCAGAGCUGGAACAGACGACGUCUCGUUAAGUUGUGGUGUCAGAUAAAGUGACAAAGUGUUGAAGUGUUCAGGUUGUGACGUUCACCUCUCACUGCUGUUGGCAGUAGCUGAACGAAACGUUGUGCUGUGUGUUGAGUUUGAUGUUCUUCUGUCAGGCAUCAAUACAGACGUUCAAAUAAACCAAUAAACAAACACGUCAUUCUGUCAUCCAUCAGACAUCUGCUGAUCUCCACUGUCUGUUCAGCAGCUGUUUCACACACACAGAUGUGUCCAGCCCGUUGUCCAUAUAUUCGUUUAUUUUCAUUCUCUCAUGGUGUGUUUGUGUUUUAUGUCUGCAGGGAGGCAUCCCACCAGACG